AUGAGUUUUUCUGACGCUUUACCAGGUUGCAGUAAUAGUAAUGUUGAUAGUGAGUGUUUGGACAUUGUUGUUUCACUAUUGGAAUUGCCAUUAUCUAGAAGAACUGAAGUUGAUAGAAAAAAAAUUAUUAUGAAUGAAAGGCCUACUCCAACAUUGCGUAUUGACCAAAAAGAUGGGAAAAAGGGACUGGCUUUCCGUGGCCACGACGAAUCCGAUGAUUCCCUAAAUCCUGGAAAUUUUAAAGCGAUUUGGGAAUUAAUAUUAAAAUCAACUCCAGAACUAAAUGAUCACUGGCAGAAAAAAAUAUAUUUCAGAGGUAUCUCAAAAACGAUACAAAACGAACUAAUCGAUCUAGUGAAAGACGAAAUUCAUAUUUUUAUCGAGAAUGCCAUAAACAACUCCACAUUUUUUGCAUGCAUUGUUGAUGAAACAACCGAUAUUACUGAAAGAGCACAAUGUUCAAUAGUAUGCAGACUAGUGGACACAAAAGGCGUUGUUCAAGAAUAUUUCUUAGGUUUUUUUGAUCUCGGGGAAGACCGAAGUGCUCCAGCGUUACGUGACUUACUGUUGAGUGUAAUCGGUAUACCAGCUUAUUUUCACCAAUCGUCCAAACGACCCUGUUUUUUAAAUAAAAUACUUGGAAAACGAAUUCCCACAAAUAGUGAAAUAAGAUGGAAUUCAAAUGCAAAAGUAGUUUAUGCUGUGUCACAAGAAAGAAAGAAAUUGUUACAAGUCUUUCAGGACAUAAUGAAUUGCCCAGAAUCAAAUGCAAAAUCAAUUAGGCAGGCAGAUGGUUUUAAACUGAUAUAUUUCAACAAACAGCUCUUAUACAACAUAUUGCAGAAGAAAAAUAAUGAUGUCCAAUUGUGUGCCAAUUCAGUGUCCAGAUGUGUUGCAAUGUUAAAGAGCUGGAGAAAUGACCUUACAUUUUCUAACCAUUUUAACAUUUCUGUUAGCGAAACACAUUCUGAACCCAUCUUAAGUCAUAGUGAACUUGAUAUUUUACCUGGUAGUGUAUCUAAUAACGGAGAUCAAAGUUUUUUGGAGAAAGCUAAAACUAAAUUUAGAAGGGUCUUUUUUGAGAUUUUGGACAAUAUUAUCACUCAAUUAGAGCAACGUUUCUUGGAUUACGCAAAGUUUCAAUUUCUGGAAUUGGGCGAUAAUAAAAGAUUCACAGAAUAUGGCGCUAAAUUUCCACAAAAAGCUUUGGACUCAUUGAUGGAUACAUAUGAACCACUUUUUAAUAAAUCUUUAUUAAAAACAGAACUGGAAAUAAUUUUUUCUGCUAUUCAUCGUGAAAAUUUUCACGAUAAGAGUUUGUUAGAAUUAAUUAAAAGUAUGUUUGAUAACGAAACCAAUGAAAUUCUUCCUGAAAGCUAUUACUUUAGUUAUUUUGUUUACUUGCUACAAUACCUGCAACAAGCGCUUCAGUUGAAAGAACGUUCUCCACUUUAA